UGUGACAAACGAACCGAACCGCCCAGCAUCACCUGUCAUCCUCUCUGUCUCUGUGUGUGUGUGUCUCUCUCUCUACCCCAAUCAUUGCCAUUCUCGCGCUCUCCCUUUCGCCGUCAUUUCCCACAGACGUCGUAUCGUCUCUCUCUCUCUCUCUCUCUCUCUUUGGAGCUCGUGUUUUCCACUAUCUCUUCUGGAAAUUCGAUGUAAUUCGAUGUCUUUUGGUUUUUGGGUUCUGGGUUUUUCUGGGUUCGAUGAUCCUCGAUCGACGCAACGCGCGUUCGCUCCAAAAUCGGAUUUUUUUUCUGGGCUCUGGGUUGGGUUUAAACUAUACGUGUAACGUGCCGCCCCGCGAUAAAGCUUACGUCACCAGGCGCCUUUUGACUCGCCGUUUUCCUUUUUUAUUCCUGCCCUCCUCGGUUCGUUGACCGAACUGCCUCCCCCCCGGAAUCGCAUGUCGGCGUCUCUUUUGGCAACCCUUUUGCACCCGCCGCUCCGUGAUCCUUGUUCCAUCGUGGGAAUUGCAAUUCCUGAUCUCGAUGCUUGCGGGUGAUAUGUUCGGAUCAGUCGCGGGUGUCGCUCCGGCCGAGAAAGAAUCGUGGGUGUCGCUCCGUGAAUGCUGAGUUGAUUGCUGUCCUCCAAGGAGUUCGGAGAUAGGACGAAAUUUCUCAUUCUCUAGAUGGUUAUAGUGCUGAGUUUGGGAGUUUCGAUUUGGAAGGGCUUAGGAAUUGGUGGCAGAAAUGGAAUCCAGUUCUGGUCCUCCCAGUGUUAUUGCCAAAUUAAUGGGCCUAGAGGAUCUGCCAGCACAGCCUUCUAUCCAGAAACAAUGCAGAGUGCUCUCUGAGGAAUACUUCCAGAGAGUUGCUUCUAUAGCAGUGCGAGAGAAGCGUUCAGAUGAGAAGGUGUUUGCGAGGAAGAACUUUGUUAAUGCAGAUGUUUCAAGAAAAUCAUAUGACAUAAUUGAAAAUUUUCCAGACACUUUGAGAUCUCAUUUGAAUAGGGGCAGCGAAACAUGCACUCCUGGAGAAGGUGCUUUAGAAGGACGUUACAGAGAGGAAGACAGCUUUGCAAAAAAAUUCACUUCACUAAGAUAUAAAAAAGGUCAUCAUUCAGAUUCAGGUGAUGAGAAAGGGCCUUUAUUAUGUCAAAGAUACAACUUUUGUUAUGAGGUAGAAUCUUUUGGACAGAAGCCAAGAUUCUCAAAAGAAAAAGGUGAUGGGUUAGUAAUGGAUCUCAGGAGGAGGAAUGGCCAUUCAGGCUUGGUAGGAGCAGAUAUCAGAAAUUCUGACACCUCUACAACAGAGUCUCAGCUGUUAAUGCCAUACCUUAUGAGUACAUCUGGUAGGAAGAAGCGAAAUCAAUCUUCGAUCUCUUCUCCGGUGGAACCAUAUAUGGCUAGAAAGGACGAGAGAAGAACCUCGAAAACAUGGAAGAGUACUAAAGAAAAUCAAGAGGUUUGUUGGACAGGUGGAAGCACGACCAUUGAGGAAAUAGUUUCCACGCAUAAGUGUAAUGUUAUGUCUAGAAAUCUCAAUGGUUCUGCUCCAGGCAAUCACACCUGGAGGUUUGGUACAGUUGAGAAUUUAACUAAUUUCUCUGUAAUUAGUACUAGAGACUGUUGGAAAACUGGGCAGCUUGGAGAAUCACAGACUUCGAGAUCCUUAUUACGUUCUAUUAUGCUUGCAAGUCCCACAACCAGGAAGAAAAGUGGUUGCAGCUGGUCUAAAGGACUUGAAUUUUCACAUGAUGUGGUUCAAAGCAGGCCGAGGGAGAAAGAAUUCAAUUGGAAAGACUCGUCAAAAUUAAAAUCCUCAGUAUUCCAUCACAACAACUCCAGAUUUUUCCCUGCACUGAAUCGUGGAGGUUAUGUGUCAGCUCAGGAAAAGAACAACGCAUUCUCAUUGGAGCCCAAAGUGAUCCAGCAGGAACUGAAAAAUGAGUUUGAAAAGUUGUUCUUUUCUGGAGACUCAAGACAGAAUUUUGUGGCUCUGAAGUCACCUGAAGAUAAUGAUGUCUUCUCCAAUCUUUCAGAAAAUUCAAUUCAGCAGGACAUAUCAACCGAAUUUACAGAAGAGGACUCCAUGUCUGUUUGUUGCCCCAGCAUCGAAGCAGUCUCUUUCAAGAGCUUGGAGGAUGUUGAUCAGGCUAGUCCAGAUUCAGUUCUCGAACAUGAAGAGGUUCCAUUUAGCAGCAGCACUGAUAAUUUUGGUGGUGGGCGGCAAUUUCAUCUUUUCAAUUUGGAGCCUUCAGAAGCAUGCUCGGUUGGAUCUGGGUCAAGCCAUGGACAUAACAUGGAAUGGCCUUCCCACGUGUCUAAGGAAAGAGAAGAUUUAACAAGUUCUUCUGCUGUUCAGGAAAGUAGAGACUUCCAUUAUCUUGUUGAUAUUUUGACCGAGGCAGGUCUUCACGGUACAAAUCUUUCGAGUGGCCUCCAUAAAUGGCACUCUUUAGAAAGCCCAAUCAACCUCUCAGUUUUUCAGGCCCUAGAGAAGAGAUAUGGUGAGCAGAAGUCUUGGAAAAGGUCUGAAAGGAGGCUCCUAUUUGACCAAAUAAACUUUUUCUUGAUGAAAUUUCUCCAUUCAUUUUGGGGUAUUCGAGCAUGUGGAAGUCCUAUAUCAACAAGGAUUAGGAAAAGUCUUACUAUGGACGCCAUUGAGGAAGUGCUCUGUGAAUUUCUGGUCAGACUGGAUAUAGAAAUGAGAAAGGAGUCAAUUGAGAAGCUGCUGGAAAGUGAUUUUAGGUCUUUAGAUUUAGGAGAUUGUUCAGAUUCUAUUGUCAUAGAGAUAGAGAGGCUAGUAAUUGAUGAGCUUGUGGCGGAGGUUGUCAGUAUGUAAAUGGUGCUUGUAAGGCUUUUUUUUUUUCUUAAUUGUUUAUUCUUGGCUUGUAUUUUUUUAAUCGAGGGAAAUCGAUACUUGCAAAAAUCAAGCGAUGUAGUCACAGAGUUGGAGAGGCUAGUUAUUGGUGAGCUUGUGGUGGAGGUUACCAGCAUGUAAAUGGUGCUUGUGAGUCUUUGUUUUGAUUCUUGGCUUGUAUUUUUGAACAGGGGAAUCAAUCAAAAAACCAUCAAGGGGCAAUAGUGGUUUUUAUGUUGAAACAGUUUUGAUCGUUUGAGAGACUUUUGAGGGGAAGAUUGUAUAAAUUCAAUGUUUUAUUCAUGUAUUGAUCAAACUAAAGUUGAAGAAGUGAGUUCUUUUGAUGCAUUAUUGCAA